GGCUCCUGUUAGCUGGAAGUUAAUUAGUUCAACACAGCACAGGGGGAGCAGUUGGUUUCUGUGGAGGGUCAGUGCUGGAUGGGACCAAAUCUUUCAAAGCCACUUGCUGCUUCUUGCCAGCCAGCUGUAAAAGCACCCCGAGACUCCCACAGAGCUGGAUGAAUCCUGAGCACUAGCCGUGGCCAGCUUUCCUCUUUGGAGCACGUUAAUGGUUUAAGUGAGGGGCGUCUGGAACUGCUCCCCGAGUCACCAUGACACUCCUGGGGUCUGAGCAUUCCUUGCUGAUUCGGAGCAAGUUCAGAUCAGUUUUACAGCUACGGCUUCAGCAGAGAAGGACCCGUGAGCAGCUGGCAGACCAAGGCAUUAUGCCACCACUGAAAAGCCCAUCUGCAUUCCAUGACCAACGAAAAAGUCUGGAGCGAGCCAAGACUGAAGAUUAUCUCAAGCACAAGAUCAGAAGCAGGCCUGAGCGAUCAGACCUCGUCAAUAUGCACAUUUUACAAGACUCAGCAGCAGAGGGGUCCAUUCAAUCUACUCAAAUGAAGCUGAAAAGAGCCCGACUGGCAGAUGAUCUCAAUGAAAAGAUUGCCCUCAGGCCAGGUCCUUUGGAGCUGGUGGAGAAGAAUAUUAUUCCUGUCGACUCAGCUGUGAAAGAGGCCAUAAAAGGUACGCAGGUGAACUUCUCCAAGUCAUCCGAUGCAUUUGCAUUCGAGGAGGACAGCAGCAAUGAUGGCCUGUCCCCGGAGCAGGCCAGGAGCGAGGACUCCCAGGGCUCCACGGAAUCAUCAGCAGGCGCUAAGCCCUCGGAGCCAGCUUCCUCUGCACCCUCGGGGACAUCCCAGGACCAGCCCCCCGGCGGUGACAGCACCGCGCCGGAGCUCCCCUCGGGGCCGGGCAGCCAGUGCGACAGCCCCAAGCAGGACAGCCCGCCGCUCCCCGUGCCCUCCGUGGUGAAGUCUAAAUCAUCCAGCGAUAGCAAGAACCGUCACAAAAAGCCCAAGGACACCAAGCCCAAGGUGAAGAAGCUGAAAUAUCACCAGUACAUCCCUCCGGACCAGAAGGCAGAGAAAUCCCCUCCACCUAUGGACUCUGCAUAUGCCAGACUCCUCCAGCAGCAGCAGCUCUUCCUGCAGCUCCAGAUUCUCAGCCAGCAGCAGCAGCAGCAGCAACAACAGCAGCAGCAGCAGCAGCAGCACUUCAACUACCCAGGAAUGCACCAAGCCCAACUAAAGCAAUCAAAUGAGCAAAUGGUCAAAAAUUCAAAUUCUUCAUCAUCUUCUGUUAACAACACCCCUCUUUCUCCAGUGAAAACCACCUUUUCAGGCCAGAGUUGUGUCUCAUCUGUCAAGCCAGGUCCUCUGCCAUCUAACCUGGAUGAUCUGAAAGUGUCAGAACUGAGGCAGCAGUUGCGAAUAAGAGGCCUGCCUGUAUCCGGUACCAAAACAGCAUUAAUGGAACGGCUGCGGCCCUUCCAAGAGUGCAGCAACAGCGCAGUACCCAGUUUCAGUGAGAUAACAACUGUCACCUUCCCAGUCACUCCAACGAGCACCUUGUCAAGUUACCAGUCGCAGUCCUCCACCAGCAUGUUAUCAAACGGCUUCUACCACUUUGGCAGCACAAGCUCCACCCCACCCAUCUCCCCAGCCUCCUCUGACCUCUCUGUGAGUGGCUCUUUGCCAGACACAUUCAACGAUGGGCCCAUGUCUUCCCCACAGUUUGGUCUGCAGCCAUCCCCGGUUCACGGCAGCGCUGAAGAAAGCCUCAUGAGCAGCAUGAAUGGAGGGAGCAUUCAGCUGGAGCUGGAAGGGAUUGACACGGAGAAAGACAAGAUGCUGGUGGAGAAGCAGAAGGUCAUUAAUGAACUGACAUGGAAGCUGCAGCAAGAGCAGAGGCAGGUUGAAGAGUUACGGAUGCAGCUCCAGAAAAGAAAGAGAAGCAAUGGCCUUGAGGAUAAGCAACAGUCCUCUCAGCAUUUCUUUGGGGUUCCCAUCAAGCAAGAAAACACAGUGUCCAGCUGCCCAUUUGCAUCCAAACAAACUGCCUUGAAGGGCCAAGCCAGCAGCUCGGAUAAGUUAAGUAACUGUGGGGUGCCGCAGCUGCCUCACAUUGUAAAUAGCCACUGCUUGGAGCCUGCAGGCCAGAGCACCAUCACCUCCUCGACAUUCCUUAGCCCGCAGUGCUCCCCCCAGCACUCUCCACUCGGGGCUGCAAAAAGCCCCCAGCACAUCAGCCUGCCACCGUCCCCUAACAGCCACUAUCUCCUCUCGGUGUCCCCCAGCUCCCAGGCAGAAGGGCGCAGCGGGUCCCCGCAGAGCAGCAAUUGCCUUCGCACGGCAUCGCAGAUGACACGAAGUCAGCAGAUGGACGAACUCCUGGACGUGCUCAUUGAGAGCGGAGAAAUGCCAGCCAACGCCAAGGAAGAUCGUUCCUGCCUCCAGAAAGUACCUCAGAUAACCGUGUCGACAGGGAACUCCAGCGCUUCGCUCCCCAAAUCAUCGGCCCCCUUUGAACAGGUCUCCUCAGCGCAGCUCUCAUACGAGCACUGUCCCGGCAGCAGCGACACUCACCUUGAAGUCUUACUGAACGCUCACAGCCCGCUGGGGAGAGUCGGGGAAAUUGCCCUGCUGAAGAUGGGAGGAGAAGAGUCCCACUUCGAAGGGAUGAUAGAGGGGUUCUCUGGCAAAGCCACAGAUGAACUGCUCACCUCCCAGGAGAUUUUACAGACUCCCCUCUCGCCCAUGGAAACCCAGCUCUCCCCUUCCCCUGCUGACGGCCCUGGUUUACAAAUGAGUUUCACUGAAUCUCCAUGGGAAACAAUGGAAUGGCUGGAUCUAACUCCUCCCAGCUCUGCCACGGGCUUUGGCUCUCUCACCCCUGCAGGUCCCAGCAUCUUCAACAUUGAUUUCUUAGAUGUUACUGAUCUUAAUCUAAACACCAGCAUGGACCUUCACCUGCAGCAGUGGUGAAAGGGAGGGUGGUGGAAGCAGGAUACUGUACACCCACAGCAGCCAGCACAGUGUUUCCAUCAUACCAGAGAACCCACAGGGCUAAUGUGUCACAGUCAGGAGAAACUGGAGUCAUUUUCCCAGCAUAUAGACUUGUUCCAACUUCCAGGUACUGAGAACUGACAACACAAUAGCUCUGGUACUUUGGUUUUCCUCCA